AAGAACCCCAAUAACUGCCGACUGAACUGGCCUUGCCCGUCCAAAUAGUGAUACGUUUAACGGUCGUUUUUUCUGUUGAAUUUCAUGUUAAUCGUAUCGUUGAUUCAAAAAUAGCAAACAAUAAUAAAUGCAAAUUUUACUAGUUCGUUGAUGACCGUUACCAAAGUAAGAACUCAUUAUGAACAUUUUUAUUCCUUAUGCGAAAACAGAUACAAUGAAGAGAGUUGGAAAUCAACCAGUCAAGGUCCAAAAAAAAUCUAAAGCUGAUGAUGAAGCUAGAGAUCCUAUCCAAGUUUAUUGUCGGAUUCGUCCAGUUUCAUCUUAUGUGGAAUCGCCUUGCAUCAAGGUUGUAUCUGACACUGAAUUACAAGUGUAUUGUCCACCAGAUGAAAGAGGAAUAUCAAAAGAAGGGCAGUUCACCUACAAAAAAAUAUUUACCGAUUAUGAAACCCAAGAAGUGGUCUUUCAAGACUUAGGAUUACCUCUUAUAGAACAACUUUUAUUGGGAAAAAGCAGUUUAAUAUUUGCUUAUGGAAUAUCAGGUAGUGGGAAGUCCUAUACAAUGACUGGUAACCAAGAAGAUGGAGGUAUUGUUGGCAGAUGCUUUGAUGUUAUUUUCAACUCUAUUCGAGAUUACCAGGCUAGAAGAUUUACUUUUAAGCCUGAUAAACUUAAUGGGUUUGAUGUAUUCAGUAUGGAAGAUGCUAUGAUUUUUAAAGCUGAAGAUUUCAAAAAUAAUGUAAGAAAUCCUCCAAAAACACCAAAGAGAAAAGAUGGAGAGACAGAUCGUAUACCAUUUGAUUAUAAAAUUAUAGAUAUAGAACAAGAUGUAGCUUAUUCUGUUUUUAUAAGUUAUGUGGAAAUAUAUCAUAACUAUGUUUAUGAUCUUUUAGAAGAUGUUUCUGAUGGUGAAAUAAGACGAAACAGUAAAAUAAUACGAGAAGAUGCAACUGGCAAUAUGUAUGUUCAUGGUGUUAAUGAACAAGAAGUUUAUAAUGCAGAUGAAGCUUUUGAUUGGUUGAAAAAAGGUCAACUUAGGAAACGUACAGCACCAACUUUUUUAAAUAUGGAUUCCAGUCGUAGUCAUACAGUUUUUACUAUUAGAGUUGUACAAGCGCCUUUGGAUACUGAUGGUGUAAAUAUAAUUCAAGAUAAAAAGUAUACAGUAGUGAGUCAACUAUCACUAGUCGAUCUAGCUGGAAGUGAACGAGCUGGAAAGGCAAAGACCACUGGUCAGCGACUUCAGGAAGCUGGAGAAAUAAAUAAAUCUUUGUCGAAUUUGAAACAAUGUCUUAAAAUAUUGUAUGAAAAUCAGUCAUCUAGCAAUUUAAGAAAUAUUGCAGAGAAGAUACCUUAUAGAACAUCACGUCUUACACAUUUAUUUAAAAGUUUCUUUGAAGGUUCUGGUUCAAUUAGAAUGCUUAUUUGCAUAAACCCUCUAUCUGAUUAUGCAGAACUUUUGCCUGUGCUGCAAUUUGGUGAAAUGUCUGGAAGUGUCCAAGUGAAACGAAUGACACCGUUGCGUAUGGAUUUAGGUUUGACUCCAGGGCGAAGAAAAGUUGUUGAUAUUCAAUCUGUGAACCGAAUUCCUUGUGUAUUAGAAGAAAAUACUAGAGGCCAAAUGGAAAAAAAAAAAUCUUAUGAUGUAAAAGAAAACUGCUUCUCAAAUUACUUGAAUUUGGGGCCACCAUUGCCAGAGUUAGUGGGUGAUGAUUUACUUGAUGAAGAAAAGAGACAAGAAUUAAUUAUUGCUCUUGAUCAGAGAAUAAAAAAAAAGGACGAACUUCGUGAAAUAUUGAUUAAUCAAAGUAAUGAUAUUCGGUCACAGUUAGUGUUUUUAGAAACCAAUUUUGCUGGUGCUAAACAAGAAAUAAAUUCAUUGCAAAUUCUUAGGGACCAAGAUACUAAUAAAAUUAAGCAAUAUCAAAAUAAAGCACUUCUACUGGAAAAUGAAAUGGUGUCAUUAAAAAGAAAAUUAGAAUCACUAGAUAGUGAAAACAAAAGACUAAAAUCAGAUUUGAAUGCAAAAGAAAACAUGUUAAAUCAAGUAUCUGUUGAUAAAGAUCUAUUAAAACAAAAGUACAAUACAAAAAUUGUUAAAAAACAAGAGCAACUAUCUAGAGAUUUCAAGGAUAAAUGGAAAAUACAAGAAAAUGAGUUUGAAGCUAAACUACAAGAAAAGAAACGCAAACUUAGACAUAUCAAGAAUAUUGUAGAAAGUACAGAGAGUAUUCCAGGUCAUUUUUCUAGGCGUCCUGUUAAAAGAACCUUAUCUGAUGAAAGUUUAAAUAAACUAGAACCUGUUGUAAAUGAUGCUAAACCUACAGAUUUUAAAGCAAAUGAGCAAUCAGAAACCGUAUUAAGGCAUUUACGUUCAAGGAGGUCAAAGUCAUGUGAUCCACAUGAGCGUUGGAUUGAGCACAAACCUCCAGUGCCUACUCCACUACAAACUAUUAUGCAACCCAAGAUGAAGAAACGUAAGUCUGUUACUAAAUUAACAGAUGCCAAGACUGUAUCGAACAAUGGUGCAUCAAAAUAUUGUUUGUUGACUCAAGGAUCCAAUGAACAAGGCAUUCCAGAAGCUAAAUUAUAUAAAGCUGAUAUAAUACAAACCAUGGGUGGAGGUGCACAGGUUGUAUUCAAUGAUGUUGAAACAUUAAAACAAGAUUCACCAUUAGGUGGCUCUCCUGUGAAAAGUCGUAUCCAAGCAUACAACAAUGAAGUACGAGCUCACGGUGGUGAUACAGAUGAUGUACAAGCAAAAUGUUAUGGUAUACAAGGUGGGUACACUCCUGUUUCAAGAAAAUAGAUUUUUUUUUCUUUUAUAUAUUAUAUAUGUGAUUGUACAAUUUACACCAUGUUAAUUGAUUUUUUUUAUUAUUAUUAUAUACAAUUUAAAAUAAUUUCUAACGGUAACUUAU